AUGAAAUUCGUGAAUCAAUUGUCCAAAGGAAAGAAUUUUGAAAGGGAGGAGUUUAUCCCAAUUUUCUCAACAGAAUUUACGUUUCAAUUCUUGGCUAUUUGGAUUGGAAAUUUGGACUUGGUAAAGUGGUGUCUGGAAUAUCGUUCUGAUAAUGGAAACAAUAGAAUAGAUACUCUAUUGAGAACAGGAAUUUUUGAAGGAGAGCCAUCCAGCUAUAACAUAGUAUCUUCAUACGGGGCUUGCUACAAGAGAGAUGGAGCUGGACUAAACAUUUUACAUUACGCAAUUAGAGGAAAGAAUGUGGAGAUUGUGAAAUUAUUGAUCGAAAAGUACAAAGCCAAUCCAUUUCAAUCUCAAUUAAUCUCUCCCGCACUUCUUGCAUACAGAAUGUACACUGCAGCACCCAAAGACGAGCCUUCCAACAAGAUUUACAAUCUAUUGAAAGAAACCUACAAAGAACAUCUGGAAAACCAUGUCGAAUCGAAUAAGAAUAUAUUCGAUGAGGCGAACAUGAAAAUUUUUGAUUUGGAUGAAACAGAGGAAGACGAUUUAGAAAAGUUACAAAUUGAUAAGGGUCCAAAUGGAAUCCCUCUCAACAAGAAUGUGUUGUUAGAAAGAGAUUACUAUAUUGAUGAAGGGCUUUCAGAUUCUGAUGAAGAGUUAGAAGUUAGUGAUGAAGAUGAAGAGGAGGAAUUUAUUGAUAUCAAAACAAUAAGAUCUAAAAUUCAUAAUGUUGACAGUGAAGAUCCUUGGGUACAGUGUGUAGAAACUGAAAAAGAAUUAUCCAAAAACAUUACUGAUCUAUUGAAGGAUACAGAAAUAGUACAAGCUAGACAUGAUUUCAUAGAUGUUUAUCCUUCAGUUCGUAUUGGAAAACGUAUAGGACUAGAAGAAAACAACAAGAAGAGAGCAUUCGAGGCUGGAGAAGGUAAUGAAUAUGAACCUAAAUUCAAGAAAAGAAAGGAAAUGAUAAUUCCCAAAGCAUUUUUUAAUGGAUUGACGAAAGUCAUUUUAGGAAGUUAUAGAUUUGAUACCAUUAUUAGCCCAUCAUCACAGGCAAUUAUGCAACAGGAAAUAGAAAGACUUUGCAUUGAAUUAUUCAAUUUAACAUCUGAAAUUUGCAAAUUUUUCAUGACAGACUUGUGUUUGAAGAAUUUUAUAUUGGUAGCUUUCAAUGCAUAUAAUGGAUGUUUUAAGGAAAGUUCAAUUGAUGAAGAAGCUCUAAAGAAUCAUUUAUCUUCCCUUUCAAUGAAGGAGAUUAGCUCUGAAAACAUUACUAGUAUAGUUACUGAAAUUAAUGAACAAAAUCUCAUGUUGUCAAUUAAUUACGACACUGAUGAAGAUGAUCCUGACUUUGAAAUUGAGUUUGAUGAUCCAAAUGAUAGAGUAUUGUUUGGAAUUCAAUCGGAGAGCAAUAUAAAUCAGACCAAAGAAGAAAGUCCAAAGGACGAUGGGUAUGAAUCAGAUUGGUCUGAUGAAAGUGAAAUUGGUAUCGAAAUUAGCGAAAAUAACGAUUUUAUAUUCUAUCCCUCAUCUAUUGACCAGAUAGAAAGUGAAAGGCCUCUCUCAGAAACUAUUCUUGGUGAUGAAUAUGCUAUCAAGUAUGAAUCUAUUCAGAAAGAUGGAAAGUAUGGUUUUAAUAUUUAUUCUAAAGAUACACAUUUAGUCAAGAGAUUAAUAACUAACUCCCAAGUAGAUACCCAAUUAUGA